AUGAUAGCGUUCAGCUUUUCAACCGUUGCUACCGCAAUCAUCUGGCCCUUAGCGGUGGCUGCAGCAGAUGGAGCAAAAGACGGUGCAGAGUGGAGAUUCCUUGAUGGAUUCCUUCAUUCUGCCAGCACUGUCUCUGACUCAGCCAGUCUCCGCAGCUCCGGAACAUUCUGGAACCCGCAGAAGGCACGUCGCUUCUCAGAAAGGACCACGGUUGUGGACGACUUGUCGAAGGCCAACAAGUGCUGGAUCGUCUGGUACUUCCCUACGAUGGAACAACGGGGUAAAGAUAAGGCUGCAGAAAAAGAUCUUGCCACUACUUGGGGAGUGCCAUUUGCAGUUGCACCCUUAUGCGGUGACCCAGUCACUCCUGGCAAUGACAAAACCUAUCCUGAAACUGGAUCAGUGGUAUUUCAUCAGCUCCUAGCCAAUCCUGGGUACAAAGAUGACGCCUACAUGAUUGUUCCGGUGAAAGAAGGAUCAGACCGCGUGAAGGACUCCAUAUCGAUGACAGACUUUGAAGACCAUGGCGAGGUAAUCUAUCCGGCAGACAAUAUUGACGCGAUAGUGCAAGCCUUUUAUCCUGACUGGGAUCGUAAAAAGGAGAAGCAACCAGAAGUCGAUUUUGCUCAGAUGGUGAACACAUACGUCGAAAAACAACAUCAAAACACCAUCCCAAACCCCUACAAAUAUGGUAAAGGCCAUUCAGUGUGGCCUGACUACACGGCAAUCAACAGUUUCUGGGGAUACAAUGACGACGGGACUUGGAUCACUGAGUCCCCCAAUCAGUAGUAUACAGUAUUGAGACAGUGAAACCUG